CACCCUGAUAGGCAUGUAAACAAAAAAUUCGGUUAGAAAUUUGAAUUCUGAUUCCCGUCUUGUCGUUUGUAACGAUUUUACCAAAACGUUCCUCUUUGCUCUUUCUCUACUGCUCAUUUUCUACAUUUUUUAUCUCAAUGUUACUUGCUAAGAAUCAGUACUAACUGUGAAGGUUAGUUUUUUUUUUUCCCCCCUAGUGAUUUCAAUAUCAGCAGCAGUAAUUUCUCUGAAGCAACAGCUCUACUGAAACAUGGCUGAUCCUUCAUUCAGUCCGAAUACACAUGGGCGAACAUCCUUGCCCAAUCCUGGAAAAUCGACCAGAACAUCGCUGUCGAUACUGAAGCCGUUGAAGGCUCGUUGUCCUCUUCAAGAUCUGGAUCAGUUGUUGAAUACGGAAGAGGACACUACAACUUCGACCUUUACUGCAAUGCGCCGGCGAAGAGUCAGUUUUGCAGGUGUUAAUCAAGUGAAAGAAUUUCACACUGCUGCUGAGUCUUUGACCGUCCACCACACCCCAGCUUAUGAUGAGCCUUUUACAACCACGAUGUCUUCAGAUUCCUCAGGCCAUCAUCAUUUGACGGACUCCAAAAUCUCAGACAACACUUGCCUUGAGCAGACAUCUCGCCUCAGUUCAGGGCCUAUUGUCACAAGUGCCCUGGAUGCAGUCCUAGACCUAACUGUAAAAUCUACCAAUGUCAGCUUCAAACCGGAGGAGCUGGACCCAGAGGCAAAGGAAAACUUAACUGACAAUUUCCGCCCGCUGAGUCAAAAUACAUGCUAUGAAGCAGACAUGGAAUGCACAACGCCACAUCCUGUAGUUUACUAUGAGUCUAAAAACUUCAGUUUUAACAAUAAAAGCCUGGAGUUUACCUCUGUUGCUUCAGAACUCCCACAUGUUCAACACUCCAAGUCAAUGAUGGAAUUCACGGAAGUUAUUCGUGGACCGGUGUUCAGCAAUGAAAACCUGUCAAGACAUUAUGAAUCCAUGGAAUUUACUCAGCAUGUCAAUGGUCAAUUAGCAGUCAAGGACUCUGAGUUCUUCGAUGAGAAUGAAUACACAUUUUCUCAACCAAUGCCAAAAGCUGAUAUUUUCAACCUUCUUAGCAGUGGUACUUCUCUGUCAGCUGCUGAAGCUGUAGGGCAGGUGAACUCAAUUUUUGGCCAUCAGAAUAAUGUAGCAGACCUCAAUGAAUCUGCAGAUAUGAGUUUUGGUGUUACUGGAGUCAUUUCACAGCCUUUGAUUGAGUGCUUGAAGAGUAUCGAUGACUCAGAAGGAGUGAAGGAUGAUACUCAGAGUAACUGCUCGAGUGAGCCACCCAAUUGUAAUCCUAGGACAGAGUGUAGCAAUGCUGAAGAAAGUGAAAUGGAAUUAACAGAGGCAAUCCCUUUCUCUAAUCAAGAAAAUGGAGCUCAAUCUGUGACAGAUAGCCUGGACGUGAUAAAAAAAACAAUUUUUGAUAAUUUCAAAACAAAACCAACAGAUGACAUUCUAUCAUUUUUGAGGAAAAAAGUUUCCGGACCAUCGAAAGUCAACCAUAGCUCAGAUCAUGAAGCCUCAGACACCGUGCAUGAACAACAAGCUAAUAGGAGUAACCAUGCAAACUCUCAAGGCAAUUUGUCUGUUUCCAAGAGUCAAACAAUGGAAAUUACAACUGCGCUCGCAAAUAAUAUCCGAGGAGAUUCGGCUAUUGAUGAGUUUGUAUCCAAAGCUUCGCUUGAAUUUGAAAGCGCUGUUAAUCAUGAUAGCGAAGUAUCAGUAUUGAAAAACAGCUCGAUGGAACGGACAAAAGGUGUUUCAAAUGAUGUCAGGUCGACCAACAGUAAAACAUCUUUUUCCAAUAUUAGCUGCAUCCCUGCAACUGAUGGUGACAACAGUCACAUCAAUGAUAGAAAAAGUUUCAAUAAACUAGUGUCUGACACUGUGGAUUUUGAUGCUUCCAAUGUCAUUACAUCAACCCAAGAGUGCAAGACAUCUGCAGUCAUCAACUCAGAAGAAGAAAUUACUUUCUUGAAGAAAGAUCGCAAAUCCUCAAUUAACAAGAACUUGACAGAAUGUUCAGAGCGCAAAUCAGGUAGAGUCUUUGACUCGAUGGAUUAUGCAGCAAACUUUGCUACAUCCAAUCAGGAAAGAAAUCCCUCUGAUAUCAUUCAUACAAAGUAUCUUGUCAAUGAAGAAGCAUUAGCCAUUACUGCUGCUGAUUUUAAUGAAACUGAGAUUGUUACCUCAACUCAAAAGUCAAGGCUUUCUCAAAAUAUACCUGUUACUUCUAAUGGAAGAAAAAGUUUAAGUGUAGAAUCAUUUCUCGGUCUUCCAAAAACACCGGUCAGCAUGAACUUUGGAAUGAAAGAGAAUUUUGCCUUGGAUGAAGUGCAGGAUCUCAUGUCUAACGGCAAGGGCGCCUCAUCUCAGCCUGAAAGUAAUGAUGUUGAACUGCAUCAUUCGAAUAGCUCUGCCUCCUCUCAAGAUCCUGCCAUUGUACAACAACCAGAAUUUGUAAACCUAAGUAAGGAAGAGAAAAAUUCUAUAAUCAAUAAUGACAGUUUCAUUGGCAGUCAACCCAUGGAAUUCACAAAUGUGCAUGCCUUUGGAAGAGUAAAUUUAGAACUUGGCUCUCAUAAUACUGAUGGUCAAGAAAUGGAUUUCACGCAUAUUCGUACCUCUAGUGAAAAGACAACAUUUGAAAGCAACUCUCAGAGCCUGCCCGGAAGUCAAGAAAUCAAAUUCGUUGGUGUGCAACCGUUCGAAAGGGAUGAUAUUGAAGGAAAUCCUCAAAUUUUUGUUACAGAUUAUACCAUGAACUCUACAAAUACACACACUGGAGAAAGAGAAAUGUCACACUCCAGAUCUCAAAACACUUCCAGUAGUCGAACAAUGGAAUCAAACAAUGCUCUCAUCACUGAUAAUGCCUGCUCUGCAGACAUUUCUGCAAUGGAGUUUACAGAUGUGCAUGUAUAUCAGUGUGGGACUAACACUGAGCCCUGUUUGGAAAAUUUUUCCACACAGCAGGAAAAACUAUCUCAAUCCAUUCCUCAAGAAAUUUCCGAAAAUCCAAAUAGUUCCUGUGCCUUCAACAAAAGUCUUGAAGCUAAUGUGCCUUCUCUGGAAGAUCAAUCUGACAGAGCUGUUAACGUACGCAGUAUGUAUGAUAAUGAAGAUCAUGAAGGAAGACAUAAAGAAAAUUUAUUGAACCAGCCACCAGAGACAAUGAGCACUAAUAAUUUUGAGCCAAGCAUGACGACAGGUGAGGAGGACGGUGAUUUUUUGGAUGCCUCUGUUAGAGCCACGAACGAGAAAAAGAGACAGAAAAGCAGGAGAUCUGAAUUGUUUGUCCCAAUGCAGAAAUCCUUUUUGCAUAAUGAGAUGAGUCUUAUUGAAGAGUCUGAAACGGUUGGCAGUUCUGAGUCCUUUGCCUGUGAUACAAUUUCAAGUGGCAAAUUUUCACAAUCUUUUCAACAUACGGAGCGUACAAUGCGAAGUGAGGCCCUCCCAACGCCAAAACCUGCAAGUGUUUUUAAUGCUGUUUUUCCCAAAUCCAACCCUGAUCUGCAAAGCUCCAAGUUCGACUGUGGCUACAAAAUUAAUGAAUCUCAAAUGUUUACAAAAUCUAUGAUGGAACAAACCUCAGAAGAUGAAUUUGAUAUCUCUCAGUCAGUGAAGUCGAAAUUUGAAUCAGAAGCUUAUGACCCACUCAACAGUUUGUUUGUUUCCAAAUCUUACGAAUCUUUUUCUCAUAAAGUUAUCUCCAAUCACCUGAUUGCUUCAGUGGGCACUGCUAAAGAUGAAGGAGUCUUGUCCCCUUUUGAUAUAACAGAAAAAAAAGUAUCUCAGUCUGCAGAACUUCAGACUCAGAAUACUAAUGAAGAUACACAAACAUUCAGUCGAUUAAUGAAGUCUGUUGUCGAAGAUUCUGCUAAGAGGACAGAUUUGUUCAAGCCAGGAAACUGUUCAAUGGUACCAAACGUUUUUAACGAAUCUCAGUUUACACUUCCAGUCGAAAAUAUUCCUCGUAGCAUAUUUCUAAGUGAUGAAAUCGAAUGUCCGCCAUUAAGUGAGUUAAGCGAAGUCAGAAUUGCCUCCAACAACUUGGAAAAUUGCUUUGAGAGCCAUGAAGUAACUCAUUCGAACAAGCAUACAGUUUUGGAAAAUGAGCAAUCUCAAAUGACUGAUAGCGGAUCAGGGGAGGCAAUCAUUUCUGAUGUUUUAGAUAAACAAUCUCCAUUGUCCAAUACCCCUGAAGUUGCAGGUGAGGAGUCCUCAUCCGACAAUAAUGAGUUGGUAGCCAGCAUGGAAAAUCAGUACAAGCAGCAAAAUUUAAGUGCUAAUAAUGAGGAAUUCUUAAGUAAUGACAUUGAAAAUCAUCCCUUUGAAGCUGACGUUAGUACCCAUAAGAUUUGCGAUGAAUCCUAUCCUGUAGCAGAGUUCACAAUUAAUGAGGAUCUACUGAAAAACAUUACUGUCAGCCGCUCAAAACCGAGGAAAGAUAUUCGGAAAAGUAGGUGUCUUGUAGACCUUGACAACAGUAUUACUCGACAGUAUGAGAAAGAUGUAAAAAAAGUUAAGAUUUCUGAUGAGUCGUGCAAUAUCACAGGCAUUGGAAAACUACCAGACUUUUCGAUUAAUUCGGUAGUGAGUCCUCCAUUGGGAAAGACAAUGCCAGUCCAACAAGAAGCCAUGGAUAUAUCAGCAAAUAAGAUCCAGGUUGAUGAAACUAUCCUCAAUCACCAAAUUGAUAGGGAUUUGGAAAUUGAUGUCCCUGCAGUUAUCUCCAAAAAUAUCCCAGAGAGCAUCGCAUCCCAGCGUAGUCCGCUGCCAAUAUUAGGCAUUAAGCCUGAAACAGAGCAGUUGAUCAAAACUCCAAAAUCAAUUCUCAAGAAGAAACAGACAGAAAAUAUUCCCACCAAUACCUCUGCACCAAACAGUGAUGCUAAAAAGGUCUACCUGCAGGAAUGUUCCGGUCCAAAGAAACGAGGUUUUGUGAAAAACGCAGCUCGAUUAUACGAAAGCUUUGUUGCCACUGAAAGUUCCCCUAAAGUUGAUCUCAACCAUUGCAAGCAGGAACUUGAUGGCAAAUAUGUUAAAGGGCAGAAACCCCUCUUGAAAAGGUUCCUUGACACUACAGCAUCAAAUGCUAAUGCUAUAGCCCAGUCAGAUGUGGAACCAGUAAAUGAUGACUUCACUGCUAAAGUUGUGACAUGUGAGUCCCCUAAGUAUGUAUCGUUUUCACCAGAAGAAGGCUUUGAAAAAUCUGACUACACUCCCAUGGCUAGCUCCAAUACAUCCAUGAUCUGCAAUAAUAGGAGUUUUGUGUCGCCCAUCUUCAAAACACCGAAGAGCAAAUCUAAGUCUGAGAGGAAGGUCGAGGAGUCGCCGAUGACCCCCAAGUCUCCAGCAAGGAAACGAUUAAGGCUUCCUUUUGAGUCAACACCCAUCAAAAAUACCAUUGGCAAGCAAGCAGGUGUGGUGGACAUAAAUGAUUUGGAAGAUGAUUAUCCUCAGUCUGAUAUUGUGGAUGCCAACAUUCACAGUCCAGAGUCUUUAUCUGAAAGCGACAUUCCUGAAAAUUACUGUUCUGACUUUGUGGAGCGAUUUGAAGCGGAAACAAGACCGACAAGAAUGUAUUGGAAAGUUAUCGAAGCAACAGACAGUUUGUGGUCUUUCGAAUUUUUGGAUGGCCAACUGAGAUUAACCAUUCAUUUCAAACCAGCCGCUGCCAACUGCCUAGCUCCUGUUAAAGAAAUUGCAUUUGAUUCUGUCAUGCCUGAUGCUGAGCCUAAACAGGUUAUAGGACAGAACAUUAUUUUAGAGAGGUACCCACUUGCCAGACUUGAGGGUCUCUGUAGAAAUGCAAGUAAUGUUUUUGAUGUACUGCACAUGAUUGCUAAUGAUGUAAUUUUUGCUAAGAAAGUCAUGUUUAGUCUUGAUGGAAUGAUCACAGCAAAAUUUUCAUAUGAUAGUGUCACGUUUGACUUCAUUAUUAUGCGGCCAAACCAUCUAGCAGAAAUUACAGUGGAUUUAAGUUCAUGGCAGAGCGUGUCCUCUUCCUCGGUUUCUGUUAAAAAUUUAAUUGGAACAAUAAGGGAACAAAAGAUCAGAAGUCUCUUCGAGGAGUGUGAGAAAGAUGAAGACUGUAUUCGACAAUUCUGGCUCAAGUGUCAACAGUAUAUGAGCAGUCAAUGGUUUACAGCCCCCAAAAUAUGGUAGAUUCGCGUAAAUUAUGCAAUUGCAAAAAAAUACCAAAAAAAAUCCGGACUGUAAAUGAUAAAUUCCUUCUUUAUAUUUGAUUUCAAUAGAUUAAUUUAGUGGCUUCAUGAUUUUAUGCAUAUUGCUGCUGUUCCAUAGUUCCAGUGUAAACAGUUACAUAAUCUCAUUACAUUUAUGCCAAGGUGAUCAAAGUGUUUCUUUCAGUCAAAAUUUCUCAUAUUUAAGGGAUUAUGAGUUGAUUUAUAAAUUAUUAAUGUCGAAUUCGGAAGGAGCUGACAUAAUAAAUACUCGGUAGUGUUUAGACUAGAGAUAAUGUUUUACUUUUCAUAUUUUGACCAUUGAACAUCUAUUUAUUAAUAUGCAGAAUAUCAAGAAUGAUGUAGCCACUGAAUCAGUCAAUACAAGUUCCUUUCCAUUCUCUUUUAGUGGAGACAUGAAAGUCUUAAUUUUUUAACAUAAGAAACACAGAGGCCACCUCACUAUCUAGGACUACCAUAUGUGUCAUUACAACCCUUAAGCUAAAUCAAGACCAAUCCACACAGGUCAGUCAUUCCCAUGGACGAGUUUUGGUACUCUACUGCGCAGUGACUUAGUAUUGAGUGCUUGCAAUGUAUUUCUUAUGGGAGCACCCAUUGUGAUGUAGUAUUGAGUGCAGCCGAGUUAGGGCCGGGCGGGGAAGUAGCUCUCAAAAAGAUGCGCAAUGACUGACCUGUGUGGAUUGGUCUUGAACUAAAUUAUUGUGUUUAGUUUUACAUUCUUAAGCGCUUAGCCGCUUUCUGAUUUUGGGUGCCUCACUCCUAAGUGCUGAGCUAACAGUCAGCCCACAUUCAUUCAAGUGUAACAAAUGGACAUGAUACCAGUUGAGCAGACCAACAAGAAUAUAGGCAGAAUCGACAUAGUUUCAAAGUUCUUGCCGAGGCUGAGAUGGAAGUACCGGAAGCGUUCUGUUUUUGUCGAUUUUGGGUGCUUGAAUAAAGGAAGAGUGUACCUCUCUUUCUUUUAACUGGCGUGAAAAAAUCUGAUUUCCUCAGGAUCCAAAAAUGAUUCAGAAAUCUUAUGCUAAACCUUGCAAAAAAUGUAAUCAUUGUCACAGAAUUCCUCCAAAGAACUUACGUAAUUUUGUAAAUAGUAUUAUAACUUACUUGGAGGCAACAUUCAAAAUUAUAAAAGUUUCUUUUCGUACUUACAUCAGCUGUUUUGUUGUUUGAAUUUGCAAAAAGGGCUGCUCAUUGAAAUGUAAAGUUCUAAGGGAGAGAUAGGGGUUGAGGAGUAGAUCACACCAUUUUUUAAUUAUGUAUUAAAAGAUAGGAUCUUGCAUCACAAAAGCAUCGCGUCGAAAAAUUCGAAAUUCAGCAAUUCGUAUUUUAUGAACAGCCCCUUAAGGUCCAAUUGUGGAAAUAAAUUGAAUUUGUUUCCCCCCACAAUGAAGAUGGUAUAGUUUUAAAUAAUCUUGUUUGUAACAAUUCUUAUAGGGCCAGAGAAAUAUCCCCUAUGACAUAGUGGGAAAAUACCUGCAACUUCUCUCAAAUGACCAAAGAAACACCAUCAUUAAAUUUCUGGGACUUCUACUUAAGCAAUCAGUCAUAGAAAAAAGUGCUGAUUUCCAGAGUUCCGAAGACCAGAUAAAAUUUUUCCCCUUCCCCCUAAAAUUUUAGGAGCCACUUUGAAAGGGAAGCCCAAUUUUUCACAGCCAUCUUCGUUUUUUAGUAACCGAUCAACUUGUUGCAUACGCUGUUUUGCUCUGCAUGUCUGUAUCGUUCUUGAAUCUUCUUGUUUUUGUGCUGUGCAACCACACCGUAAACGUUGCGUUGAGAGUGGUCCUGCUGAUUUGCGAUUGCAAGUUUGAUAACAUCAACGGGGUGUGUCAACUUUUCUAGACCCCAAAGGUGUAGGUGUAGGACCCCCAAUAUGUAGGUGCAUAGCCCCAAGGGAAGGCAGAACUCUGCUGAUCCUCUUUGUAAAUAUGUAUCAACUGUGAAUUUCUUGCAGGUUUUUAUUGAGAGACACUGUUACCCUUAUCCCCUUUCCCAUUGUAGAUCCAAAAUUUAGAAGUCCUUCAAAAACUUCCCCUUGAGAUUAAUGGAGAUUGUAUUAUCAUCGAUGGCAAAGAGAGAGUUUAAAAAGGUGAGAACAAGACCCCUUUAAGGAUACCUAACAUUUUGAAAUUCAUGUUUUUAAAGUAAUAUACAUAAUUUUUCCCCAAGAUCUUAAUCUUUCUACUAUGAAUCCACACUCAAAUCUAGUUUUUAAGUCUUCUCUAAGUAAUUUCGAUCACAUUAUAAGAUCCUUGUGUCGGAAUCUUUUUACUGCAUAGAAUAUUUUCUACUGUAGUUGUAUUUUUCUUUUAAUUCUUCAUGUAAACACUGUCGUUUUGCCUAUAAACAUAAAUAUGUUUCCAAUUCUA